AUGGCAUCGGCAUUAUCAGAAACUGCAGCAAACGCAGCCAAGGCCGCCUUCUCAUCCGCCUCCCUCAAAUCCGCAACACCUUUCACACCUCGGCAGACCUUUGAAGUAUCGUCUUCAAUAGUCCGCUCAUACUUUCUCGGUCACCAUCAUGCCGCUCUGUCGCGUAUGCGCCGCACGCUUUCCAACGUCGGACUGGUCAUCGAAUGCCGAGACAUGCGGGUCCCCUUGACCUCCUGGAACCCCCUUUUGGAAUCAUCCCUCAUGUAUGGUAACUCCACAAACUUUGGCCGAGGCGGCGACAAAGGCUUCGUGGCUGGUGGCAGUGGCAGGCCCUCCCGCCCACGUAUCAUCGUAUACACACACAAGGACCUUGUGCCGGAAGCCGAGGGAAACAGGAUUGCCCGAAUCCUAACCAGCUUCAACAAGCGACAUGGGGCAGGGAACACCUCCAUAUUGUUCCACGGCGCUGGCAACGAAAACAAUGGCACCAAAGAACUGCUGAAAGAAAUCAAGCGCGUAGCGCAAGAUGACGACAGCAUCACAGGCCUGCGAGCGCUGGUGGUCGGCAUGCCCAACGCAGGCAAGUCGUCACUCCUCAACCGCCUGCGGUCACAGGGCAAGCCAACAUUGGGCCGCGCCUCCAAGGUCGCCAAGACGGGGUCCGAGCCGGGCGUCACGCGGAAGCUCGGCACGCCAGUGCGCAUCAUCGCCGGGGAUGACAAUUCGGAGGGUGUCUUUGUCCUGGACACGCCGGGAGUGUUCAUACCCUACGUGCCGGACGCUGAGGCCAUGCUCAAGCUCACGCUCGCCGGCUGCGUCAAAGACGGUCUCAUCUCGUGGGUCACCGUCGCCGACUAUCUCCUCUUCCAUCUCAAUCGGUUCGACCCAACCGGCAAGGUCUACGCCGAGUUCUGCGAAGAGCCGACGAACGAUGUCCACGAAUUUCUGAGCGGUGUGGCCAGGCGUACGGGGAAGCUCAUAAAAGGCGAUGAGGAGUUCCUGGAGGGCGCUGCGGAUUGGGUAGUCAGGAGGUGGAGGAACGGUAUGCUGGGGCUGUUCGUCCUCGACGAGGUCACCUGGAGCAGUCUCGAGGCAGCAAAGAAACUGAGCCUGGAUCCGCCGUUGAGUAUGAACCAGGCGAGGAAGCGAGAGAAGGAGGCGAGAAGAGAUAGGGCGAUGGCGAAGCAUGCCCAGAAAUAA